AUGAUGAUGAUGUCUCUGAACAGCAAGCAGGCUUUUGCCAUGCCCCACGCCAGUCUGUCCGAGCCCAAAUACUCCAGUUUGCAUUCGUCUUCCUCUUCCACUUUGACAUCCAACGCGAUCUCGUCCUCCUGCUCGUCGUCCCGACACAGCAGCAACACGAUCAGCAGCAGCGGCAGCUCGGAGGCGAUGCGCCGAGCAUGUCUCCCAACCCCACCGAGCAAUAUAUUCGGGGGGUUGGAUGAGAGUUUGUUGGCCCGCGCGGAAGCUCUGGCGGCGGUGGAUAUAGUCUCGCAGACCAAAAGCCAUCAUCACCCUCCUCACCACAGCCCCUUCAAGCCGGACGCAACCUACCACACCAUGAACUCGCUUCCUUGCACCUCCUCGUCCUCGUCCGUGCCUAUCUCGCACCCGUCGGCUCUUGGGAGCCACCACCACCACCACCAUCACCACCACCACCAGCCGCACCAGGCACUUGAGGGGGACCUGCUGGAUCACAUCACCCCUGGAUUGGCACUUGCCGGAGCCAUGGCAGGGCCAGACGGCUCGGUCGUUUCCACGCCUGCGCACCCUGCCCACAUGGCAGGCAUGAACCACAUGCACCAUGCUGCCAUCAACAUGGCUCACGCCCAUGGGCUGCCAUCCCACAUGAGCUGCAUGAGCGACGUGGAUGCAGAUCCCAGGGACUUGGAAGCAUUCGCUGAGCGCUUUAAACAGCGUCGGAUCAAACUUGGUGUGACCCAAGCGGAUGUAGGGUCAGCCCUGGCCAACCUGAAGAUCCCAGGCGUUGGCUCUUUAAGCCAGAGUACCAUCUGCCGAUUUGAAUCUCUCACGUUGUCUCACAACAACAUGAUCGCGCUGAAGCCCAUCCUGCAAGCCUGGCUCGAGGAGGCUGAGAAGUCACACCGCGAGAAACUGAAUAAACCAGAGCUCUUCAAUGGGGCCGAGAAGAAGAGGAAGCGGACCUCAAUCGCGGCCCCCGAGAAAAGGUCCCUCGAAGCCUAUUUUUCUAUUCAACCGCGUCCGUCAUCAGAGAAAAUCGCAGCGAUCGCAGAGAAGCUGGACCUCAAAAAGAACGUAGUGCGGGUUUGGUUUUGCAACCAGAGGCAGAAACAAAAACGCAUGAAAUACUCGGCCUGCGUCUAGCUAGACCAAGACCAACACGUGUCGAGAGACUCCUAAAACUGUUUAAAGACGAUUUGUAAAAUGUUUCUUAUCUCACACCUUUUUCAAUCAUCAGUAACUUGUUCAUUGAUCCAGAAUUCCAUGACAUACAAAAGAGACUGAAAAUACCAAAUCACUGUCACGUUUUACGCAAAGGGGAUGUGGAAUCAUUUAAAGGAUCGUUUGACUGAUCAAGUAAGACCAUUCGUUUUUCCUCACUCAUUAAAGCACACUUUCUAUAUCAGAGGAGCAAGACUGCAGCCUGCCUGAACCUUAACAUAGGCCUAUAUUUGUGAUUUACCAGAAAGUGUUCCAUUAAGUAAAAAUCCUGAGAAUAGCUUGGCAGUGUCUGUCAGUGUUUUAUAUUUGAAGUAUUUAUUUCACAGCAUGUCAAGUUAAUUCAGGGUCCAUUAGAGGAAAAGAGGAUAUCACGAAGUUCAAGAACUAUUCUGCAAACACAAUUAGAAAUAUAACAGCUCCUUGUAAAUUAUUGAUUUAGCUGUAACAUACAUCAUUUUUCUUUCAUAAUUUUAAUUUCUAUGAUUUUAAUAACUUAGCCUAAAAAUUAGGCAUUUGAUGUAGUUUUUUCUUGCGAAGGCUGGUGGAUUUAGCACGUAUAUUUGAUAUAACUUAAAUAGAACAUAUUGGAUAUGCUGAACACGAGGAGAGGCUACAUUGCUGUUUUUUAGAGAUGGGAUUUGUUCAGCCAAAUAUCUGUUGCAAUACGCCUGCGCUCUAACGUGGCCACGUUUCUUAUGAACUAUUUAUCAUGUGAGGUAAUGUUUACUUCAUUACAUAUUUAUUGGGAUUCCCUCCAUACGUUUUUGCUUGGGGAAAAAAAUAAUAUUGACAAAACAAGAAAAAACGUGUCCCUCUACAAAUGUGAAGACUGCUUGAAACAAGCCAUUUUUUUAUUUUUCCGUUCGUUCCUCUAAUGUUCGAGAUGGCACAAUCGAGAGAUAUGAAUAUGAGAACAUUUUGUUUAUAAUUAUUAUCAUGUAUGUUAUCUGGUAAUUUAUUUGUAUAAAUAUACGCGUAUGAUUAUGGAGUCGUUGCUUGUUAAAUUCACCAUGUUUAGUAAUGUUUUCUUAAUGAAAAAGAACAGUUCCAUGGAAGCAUACAAGUAAAAUGUAAAUAUCUCAUUUGGACAUACACAUAAAAUAUCCGAACAGGUAUUUGCUGUAUUGCUGUUUUAGCUGCGGUAACUGUAUUGUCUGUUGGUUUAGGGUUAAUUGUCGGUUCUAUUUAUUAAUUUAUUACAUCAAUGUAUAUUUAAGUUGCC